AUGUUGGGAAAAUGUUGGGAAAUGUUGGGAAAUGUUGGAAUGUUAGGGAGAUGUUGGGGAAAUGUUGGGGAGAUGAAGGAAAGGGGAGAGGAGGGAAGAAAGGACAGAGAAGGAAGAAAAGGGAGGGGAAGAAGGGGAAGAGGGAGGGAAGGAAAAGAGAGGAAGAAGAGGAGGAGAAGGAAGAGGGGAAGAAAGAAGAGGAGAGGAGAGGAGAGGGAAGAAGGGGGAAGGAAGGAAGGGGGGAAGGGGAAGAGAGAAGGGAGAGAGAAAGGGGAGGGAGAGAGGAAAGGGGGGGAAGGAGGAGAAAGAAAGGGAAGGGAGGAAGAGAGAGAAGGAGAAGAAAAGGGGGGAAAGGAAGGGAAGAAAAAAAAAAGGGGGAAAAAAGGGAAGGGGAAGAAAAAAAAAGGGGAAAAAGGGAAAAAAAAGAGGAGAGAAGAAAGGGGGGAAAGAAAAGGGAGAAGAAAAAGAGAGAAAAAAAAGGGGAAGGGAGGAAGGAAAGGAGAAGGGAAGGAGAAAAGCAGAGGGGAAGAGAGAAAAGGAGGGAAAGGGGGGGAAGAAAGAAAGGAGAGAAGAGGAGAAAAAGAGAAGAGAGGAAGGGAAAAGAGGGGGGAAAAGGAGAGAGAGGAGGAAAAAAGAAAGAGGAAAGGAAAAGGGGGAGGGAGAGGAGGGGGAAAGAAGGAGAGGAAAGGGAAGAGGAGGAGAGGGGGAGAGAAAGAAGGAAAAGGGAGGAAGGAGAAGGAGAGGGGAAGAAAAAGAAGGAGAGGAAAGGAGAAGGAGGGAGAAGGAAGGAGGAGGGAAAGGAAAAGGAAAAGGGAAAAGAGGGGAGAGAAGGGGGAAGAGGAAAGAAGGGAGGGAAAAAAAGGAGGGGGGAAAGAAGAGAAAGAGGAGAGAGGGAAAAGAAAGGGAGAAGAAAAAGGGGGGAAGAAAAAAGGAGAAGGGGAGAAGGGAGGGAGAAAAAAAAGAAAGGAGAGGGGAGGGGAAAAAAGGGGGGGGGAGGAGAAGAAAAAGAGGAAGGAGAAAAAGGGAAAGAGAAAAAAAGAGAAAGGGGAGGAAAGAAAAAGGGGGAAAGAAAAAAAAAGAGAAAGGGGGGAAAGAGAAGAGGGAGGAGAAGAAAAAGGGAGAGGAAGGGGAAGGAAAGAGAAAAGGGGGGAAGGGGAAGGGAAGAGGGGAAAGGGAAAAAGGGAAGAGGAGGGAAAGGAAAGAGGAGGGAAAGGGAAAAGGAAAAGAAGGGGAAGGGGAAAGGGGAAGGAAAGGGAAAGGGAGGAAGAGGGAAGGGGAAAAGGGAAGGAGAGGGGAGAAAAGAGGAGGGAAGGGAAAAAGGGAAGGGAGGAAGAGAAAAAAGGGAAGGGGGGAAGGGGAGAGAAAAGAGGGAGAAAAGGAAGAAAGGAGAAAAAGGAGAAAAAAGGAGAAAAAUGGGGAAGAGAGGAAAAAAGAGGGGGGGAAAAAAAAAAAGAAAGAAAAAGAGAAGAGAAAGAAAGGGGAAGAAAGAGAGGGGAAGAGAAGAAAGAAAAAGAAGGGAAGAGAAAAAAGAAAAGAAAGAAGGGGGAGGAAAAGGGGAAGGAAAAAAGGGAGGAGGAGAGAGAGAGGAAGAAAAGAGGGGAAAAGAAAAGGGGAGAAAAAAGAAGGGGAGGAGAAGAAGAGAAAGGGGAAAGAAAGGAGAAGGGAAAGGAAAAGAAAAGAGGAGGGAGGAGGGGGAAAAGAAGAGGAAGAGAAGAGGAAAAGGAAAGGAAGAGGGAAGGAAGAAAAGAGGAGAGGAAGGGAGAGGAGAGAAGAGGGAAGGAAGAAAGAGGAGAAGGAAGGGAAGGAAGAGAAAAGGGGGAAAAGGGAAGGAGAGAAAGAAAAGAAAAGGGAAGGGAAAAAAGGAAAGGAAAAGGGGAGAGGAGAGAAAAGGGAAGGGGGGGAAGGGGAGAGGGAAAAGAGGGGAGAGAAAAGGAGAGGGAGGAAGGAAGGAAAGGGGAGAAGGGAAAGGAGAAAGGGAGAGGAAGGGAAAAAAAAAGGGAGGGAAAAAAGGGAAGGAAAAGGGAGGAGAAAAAAGGGGAAGAAAAAAGGGAGAAAAAAAAGGGGAAGAAAAAAAAGGGAGGAAAAAAAAAAGGGGAGAAAAAGGAGGGGAGAAAAAACAGGGAGAAAAAAGAGGAAAAAAGAAGGAAGGGGAAGGGAAGGGAGGGGGAAGGGGGGAGGAAGGGAGAGGGGAGAGGAAGGGAGAGGGGGGAGGAGGGAGAGGAAAAAGGAGAGAAGAGAGGAGGAGAGAAAAUUACGGGUCUCAGAGGCGAAAAACGGUCAGCCUUAGGGUUGGGGUUUGCUAUGGGGUCAAGG